AUGGGCAUGCCUCUUGUUUUCUUUACAUCAGUCAGGCUAUUCCAAUCAAGACUGGCGGUCUCGUGAAACGCAGGACACGAACGACAUACAGCGAGAUUAGGUACAGUAGGGAUGAAUUUGCUGCUGUUAACCUGCCUUACUGUUGGAAUUUCAAUCGGCUUUGUGUCAGGUCGAGAAGAAGUCCAUCACAUCCACUCCGAGAAUGGUCGCAAUGUCCACGUUCAUUUACACGAGGUAGGAAACUGUGAGGAGAAGGUCGAUCCAUCACCAUGACCAUGGCGACAACAAACCUGCUGCUGCCGACGUCAUGGCAAAGCCCACGAAACCCGGGGAAAAAGAAAAGGGUGGGAAGAAAGGAAAGAAAAGUAAAAUGAUGCAUGAUGCGCCAGCAGAGGAAACGGUGAACGGCGUCCAUCCGGGACAUCACGAAGGGGACGACGAUAUUCACAUUCACAUCCACGAGGCCGGCGAAAACUGCGCCAACCAUGAUGACCAUCACGGAGAGCAUGGCGAACAUCAUGGAUAUCACGGCGCCCAUGGAGGUCGAGGUGGACACGCCUGCGCAAUGUGUGCUCGAGCUCUUCAACAUCAUGGCCCCGAUCAUGACGACCACCGACAAGAUCACCCUGGUCACCAUGGACCCGCAUUCACACGAGGAAGGGCAGCCAAACACGAUCACUCUGAGGAUUACGUCUAUGCGCACUGCGCCAUGGGACCAAAUAUGGGAGUACCCAAAAAGAAAAGGUCAAAGGUCACUGGCGCCGUACAUCUCAGACAGUUGAUUUACGGUGGUCCAGUAGAAAUGAUGAUAGACCUGAAGGGUUCCAAUCUCACAAAGGUGUGAUGCAACACGAACACGGUCUGCACGUGCAUGAGUUUGGGGACCUCACCGAUGGCUGCCAGUCCACGGGGUCAGACUUUAACCCCUUUAUGAUGGUUCACGGGGCCCCAAACGAUGAUACCAGACAUGCUGGUGAUUAUGGUAACAUCCGCUGUGACGACGAAGGGAAGAUACAUAUGGCCCUGAACGAUUCUAGAAGCACACUAGUUGGAUAUCAUAACAUAAUUGGGAGGGCACUAGUGAUUCAUGAAAAAAAGGAUGAUCUUGGAAAGGGUGGGUCUCCGGAGAGUGUAACAUCAGGUGAUGCAGGAGGUAACUUAGCUUGCUGUACCAUUGUCCGGGCCAAACCGCACGGUCACUGGGAGUCGCACGUCCAUGAUCACAGCAGAGACCAUCACCACGAUCCUCAUGAUGAUCACGGGGAUCACAAAGACCACAACCACGAAGAUCACAUGCAUGGCCAUGGCAAGCAUAUGCACCGUGGCAAAAAGGACAAAGCUACGUUAGAGGUCGGUCAUGGCGACCACAGCCAACAUAUGAACCAUGCUGGACAUGGGAAGGAGGAGCACCAUGGCCAUCAUGACCUUGCCGACCAUCGACAUCAUUAAACCACUGAGGAGCAUUUGGUUGAUGGAAAUGACGCAAACAGCGUAAGGAUUGCAAGCAGCAAUAAGUCCUUAGUCCUUAAUAAGGCAUUACUGAACUGUAUUCCUUCAUAUUUGUCAUCGUCAGUUUAGAAUAUCUGCAAAUCUGACAACAAUCUCCUGAUAUAACCCUAUAUUACGAGACCCUUCAUUACAAUUACAUGUAUAAAAUGUAUUAAAGUGUGGUGCUGUAA